AUGCCCCCGCGCCGGAAACCCGCGCCCCGAUCGAACGGUUCCGAUGCCCCGCUGACGCGCGAGCUCGCGUGCGCCGUCCUCGGCGUGCCCCCGCACUGCGCCGAGAGCGACGCCAAGCGCGCGUAUCGCAACCUCGCGCGUGCGUUUCACCCCGACAAGGGAGGCGACGCGAGACGAUUCCAGGAUGUGCAGCGCGCGUACGAGCACCUCGCGAGCGGAUGGAGGCGCGACGCGGAGGCGCGAGCGCGCGCGGCGGAGAGCGCGAGGCGCACCGUGAAGUCGUCCGGGGGCGCGUGGAGCGCCAAGUCUUCCAAGUCGACCCCGGGCGACGAAGGACCGCCGUCCGAGAUGGACAGUGGCGCGGAAAACGUCGCGUCGUCCACCACCGCGGUCAUGCCCGGCGAGAACCUCGCGGAGCUCGGCGACGAGGCCCUCCGCGCGGGCGACUUCGCUCGCGCGGUCGAGUGCUACGACGCCGCCCUCGCGUACGCCCGCCUCGACGACUACGCGUCCGUGCACCGAUCCCGCGCCAUCGCGCACGCGGGGCUCGGUCAAUGGGAGCACAGCUGUGACGACGCCGACCGAGCGAUCGCCAUCCGGGGGCUCUGGCUCGAACCGCGGAUCAUUCGCGCGGAGGCGCUGGAGCGGCUUCAGCGAUGGACCGCCGCGAUGGAGUGCUACGAGGCGGCGUCGGAGAUACUCGAGGGGCGGGGGCGGGGGGGUUCGUCUCAUCCGGGAGGUGGUAAAGGCGGAGACGGCGAGGACGAUGUUCGCGGUAAGAUUGCGGCUGGGAUCGCGAGGGCGCGAACCGCGCUGGCGGCGCGGUCGUGCGUCGCGGUCGUGCCCGCGCAUAAAACCGCCGUCACCGCCGUCGCCUUCGCGCCGAGGUGGGCAGCCAUCGAGACGAACGAGCAGCACGGUGAGAAGGGCGGUACGCACGAACACGAUCAGCUCCUGGCGACGAGCGGCGCAGACGGCGCCGUGUCGCUGUGGUGGAUCCCAAACGGCGACCUAGCCGCGUCGCUCACGCGCGGCGUUGACGGCACGACAAACGGCGAACACCCGGUGACGGCGCUGGCGUGGGCGCCUCGCGAGGUGGACGGCCGCUUGCGCCUCGCGGCUGCGUCCGUCACGGGCGCGCUCAGCCUCUGGCACCUCGCGAGGACGAGGCGCGACGACGCUGGAUCCGGGACGGCCGGGACGUCGAAGAAGCUCUCCGUCGAGGUUGCGAAAACCUUUCGACUCUACGGACCGAACGGCGGCGUCGCCUCCAUCGCGUUCGACCUCGAGUCUAGGCAGAUCGCGGUCGGGCUCGACGACGGGGACGUCACGGUGUGGAGCGCGUGCGACGGGAACGUGCUGAGGGCGCCGAGGCGGAGGCACAAGAAGACGGUGAACUGUUUGGCGUUUCACCCAUCCGGCUGGCAGCUCGCGUCGGGCUCCGACGACGGCGCCGCUCGGGUCUGGGACAUCGCGGGCAUGACCGGCGCGGACCCGGGAACUUGCCAGCACACGCUCAAGUGGUCCCGCGGUCCCAUCACGCGCGUGUGCUACACCGCGUGCGCCCGGAUGAUCUGCACGGUGUCCGCCACGCAUUUGAGCAAGGACGGGGGCGAGUACCGGCUGCUGGCGUGGUCGGCGGUGAGCGGCCGACUGUGCCAGUGGUUCGACGCGCACAAGGGACCGGUCACGAGUAUGUCGUGGCACCCCGACGCGGUGGGUGCGAGGAACACCCUCGUCACCGGGUGCGAGGACGGGGUGGUUCGUUUAUGGUCGAUAACGGGCGCCCCGAGGGGAGCCGGGAAGCCCGUUCACGAGUGCUACGAAUUUCAUACGAGCGGCGGCGACGGGGAAGAGGAGAGCGCCGGGAGGUGGAACGCGCACGCCCACACCGUCGCCGAGGCGAAGCUCCGCGCUUGGUCCAUGCGCACAAGGGGUGGGCCGGGAGGGUACGCGGCGGCGUCGGGGUGCGCGACGUGCGUGCAGCACAGCCCGGGGGGCGGCGCCGUCGGGACGUGCCACCUGGACGGGAAGAUUCGAGUAGUCGACUCGCGCACGUUCGAGGUGAGGUGCGAGUGGACGCUGGGGAGCGCGCCGCGCGCGUGCGCGUGGGCGCCGGACGAGGUGAAGCUGGUGCCGCUGGCGAAGGAGCGCGACGGUUCCGAUUCCGACGACGGUUCCGAUUCCGACGAUUCUCGCGCCGACUCGGACGAAGACGACGCAAACGACAAAACCGACGCCGUUCCUCAUCUUUUGCUCGUCACCGGCGGCGACGACGGCGUCGUUCGCGCGUGGCGCGUCCCGGUGAACAAGUGCGGCGAAGAUCGCGCCACCUGGUGGGACCGCGAGCGCGGCGUAUCGGACGCCAUCGGCCCCGGAGACGAACGCCGGGAGGCGCGGCUACCCUCCACCGCCGUCGCGUUCGCCAUGGCGGGCGGGGAUAAGGACCUCGCGCUGACCACCGCGUACCAGGCCAGGGGCGAGGACCCGGCGGUCGCCGCGCGAGCCGCGGAGCACCUCGACGAGCUCAGGCGUUUAUACGACGAGGUCGAGGACGAGAUCGACGAGCUCGUGGAGAGGCGGGAACGCGUCGUGGCCGAAGAUUUUCCGGAAAUGACGCCCAAGGCUCGAAGGCGGGUCAACCAAAAACACGCGGAGGCGAUGCGACCGCUGCGCGAACGCCGCGGCAGGCUGUACAGGAUGAUCAAGCAGAAGGGUUUCGUGGAGGCGGAGGAGCUCGAGAAGGAGGACUACGAGGAGGCGCAGCCGCCCGCGCUCCUGUAUUGA